UUUGGAUGGGGUAAGAAUCGAUUCCUACCUUACUUUCCGUCGAAUCUGUUGUAGCUUUUUCACGUAAGCCACCAGACAAAAGGCAUCUAUAGAAUGAAGAAACCAUCACAUACUUCACCACUUGACAUUACAAUGCGAAAGUGUGGAGCAUAAAAGCAAAAGAAAACAUUGAGAAGUUAUAAGUAUUCCCUAGUGCCUGAAAGACCUUCAAGCAGAGGAAGGAAUAAAAGCUCAUAAAAUCCCAAAACCAUCAACAUUGCAUCUAACCUUACACCAUGAGCAGAAGCACCAACAAUAACACUCCAGCCUAUUCUCCUCCUCUUCUUACCUAUCAUGAUCCGUAUGACUACUUCUUCGGAAUCAAUGACGAUAUUGGUGAAUGGCCUUUCGGACAAUCUAUUAGUCCCCUGUCUGAUAAUUUUCAAGCCACCCAAGCUACCAGAACAGGUGCAUCGGAUUCAAGGCGACCAUUUGAGGGAACGCAAGCACGAGCACAAGCACAACCUCUUGGCUUAGCAGGAUCAGCAGCACCGCCAGGUUCCCGAAUUCAUAUUCUGGUCCUUGGCGAUGAAAUGGCAGGACGGGGAAACCCCUGGAGACAGAUCACCGGCAACCAAUGGAACGCAGCCGCCCCGUCUAGGCUGGAACUGGACUCAAGAUUGAGCAACACUGAGCAAAAGCGGGCAUUGCAGAAGCUCAAAAAAGAAAUAUACAAACCUUUUAGGAGACUAUCACAGAAGGUCAACUUGUAUUACAGAGACACGGUUGUGAAUGCGAAUGAAAUGGAGAAUGAUGAAAAUAGCAAGAGGUGCGCCGUUUGCUUGGAAGACUUUGAGCCCAGACAAGAGGUUAUGCUCACACCUUGUAGACACAUGUUUCAUGAGGAAUGCAUUGUACCAUGGGUGAAAAGCAAUGGCCACUGCCCUGUCUGUAGGUUUGCAAUAUGUGAGUAAAGCAAGGGAGGCUGCUCUGAAUCCUUAGCAACAAAAACAAUCAAAAUAUCUUAUGUUGAGGCCAAUGCUUAUGUUGAGACUAUCACUCGAAGUUGUAUAUCAAAUGAAGAUUGUACUUAAAAAAUGCCCAAAUGUUUGUGGCUUUAAUUA